GAACAGACAGAUUGAAUGUUCCAGAUAAUCCCUUUCCCAGUCCUGCCUGACAUCUGGGUAGGGGGUUUGUCCCUGGACUUCUGGGACACUGGCUGGGGUUUGAGGAGAGAAGCCAGUACCUACCUGGCUGCAGGAUGAAGCUGGCCAGUGGCUUCUUGGUUUUGUGGCUCAGCCUUGGGGUUGGCCUGGCUCAGAGUGACAGGAGCCCUGAUGCGGAGGAGUCCUAUUCAGACUGGGGCCUUCGGCACCUCCGGGGAAGCUUUGAAUCUGUCAACAGCUACUUCGAUUCUUUUCUGGAGCUGCUGGGAGGGAAGAAUGGAGUCUGUCAGUACAGGUGCCGAUAUGGAAAGGCACCGAUGCCCAGACCUGGCUACAAGCCCCAAGAGCCCAACGGCUGCGGCUCCUAUUUCCUGGGUCUCAAGGUACCAGAAAGUAUGGACUUGGGCAUUCCAGCAAUGACCAAGUGCUGCAACCAGCUGGACGUCUGCUAUGACACGUGCGGUGCCAACAAAUAUCGCUGCGAUGCAAAAUUCCGAUGGUGUCUCCACUCCAUCUGCUCUGACCUUAAGCGGAGUCUGGGCUUUGUCUCCAAAGUGGAAGUAGCCUGUGAUUCCCUGGUUGACACUGUGUUCAACACCGUGUGGACUUUGGGCUGCCGCCCCUUUAUGAAUAGUCAGCGGGCAGCUUGCAUCUGUGCAGAGGAGGAGAAGGAAGAGUUAUGAGGAAGAAGUGAUUCCUUCCUGGUUUUGAGUGACACCACAGCUGUCAGCCUUCGAGAUGUCAAUCGAGUCAGCGUGACUCAUUCGUUCUUCCAACAGUUUGGACACCACAAAGCAGGAGAAAGGAAACAUUUUUCUACACCUGGAAAGUGAGUCCUAUCUUUUGAGGAAAAUUGAAAAAAACAUGGAGUGGUUUGAAGGCUACUCUUCAUUUAAGACUGCUCUCCCCAGCCAAGACACGUUGCCUGGAAAUUCAGUUCUUAGCUUAAAGACUAAAAUGCAAGAAAACCCUGCAAUUCCUGGACCUGACAAUUAUUUUCAUGAAUGAAAUUGUGGGGAGUACAGGCAUUUGGGAGGCAAUGACUUUCUGCUGGCCCAUGUUUCAGUUGCCAGUAAGCAUCUCACAUUUAAUAAAGUGUACUUUUUAGAA